AUGCAGGACGAUUUAGAGGUCACUGGCAUAAGCAGAAGCGGGCGGGUUAGGAAGAAGAGCUCUAAGCUCAUGGAUUUUGAGUCUCCGGACGAUAUUGAGACACGUUUUCGUAAGCAGACACCCGUGAAGUCGUUUGCCAAUUUCCGCCAAGAGGAGACGCCUGAAUUUCCACCUCAGGAGCCCCCAAGGCCGACUGAAGAGGCGGGAACUGCGUCAGGAAGCGAGUCGGAUUACUAUGAGAACAAUGGGGAGAAUGCUGAUAGUAUGGAGUCGGACAGCUCGGCAUCCGAUGAGGGCUCGGCCCGGACUCCGGCCAAUUCCCUAUACAUGAUGGAGAAGAGUAGUAAGAAGAAACUGAUCGUCAAGGACGGGAGAGUGGUCGGGAGGGCUAAAGCUCAGAGGAAAGACAAAGGCAAAACACGCAUAACAGCGUACAUGAUGUGGGCUAAAGAAGCCCGCAACGAACUCCUACGGAAGCAUCCGGACAUGGACUUCUCUGCGAUAUCCAAACGAUUGGGAGAGAUGUGGGCUAAUGUAACAACGUACAUUUAUAAUGAAAUAAAAUAUUUUGUAUUUUUUGACGUUGACGAUGACGGUCCGCAGGUGCUGGUGGAGCGCCUGCUGCGCACGUGCCCGGCGACGGCGCGGCUGCUGCUGCUGCUGCGAGCCAAGGCCGGCGUCAAGCCUCAGGAGCGCCUCAUGCAGCUCAAGCGCUCGCAGGUGUUCGACGGCCUUCGUCAAAGCCACCCUGCCCAGCUGGACAAGCUACACGCGGUCGCCGGUGACGUCACGAAGCCCGUCCUGGGCCUCUGUGCGGCUGAUUUGGAGGAGAUGCAAGAGGUGUCGGUGGUGUUCCACUGCGCGGCGACGGUGCGGUUCGACGAGCCGCUGCGACUCGCGGCCGAGCUGAACGUGCUGUCUGUACGCCGCCUGCUGCAGCUGUGCGACACGCUGCCUCAUAUCAAGGCGUUAGUGCACGUGUCGACGGGGUACUGCAACGUGGAGGUGCCGGCGCUGCAGGAGCGCGUGUACCCGCUGCCCGCCGCGCUGGACGACGAGCUGGAGCGCGCGCUCGCCGUGCCCGACCACACCAGCGCGCAGGACCUCAAGAGCACACAGCAGCUAUCGCUGCAGGAGCGCGUGUACCCGCUGCCGGCCGCGCUGGGCGACGAGCUGGAGCGCGCGCUCGCCGUGCCCGACCACACCAGCGCGCAGGAUCUCAAGAGGAUAAUCCACCCUAUGCCGAACACCUACACGUUCACCAAAAAGAUGGGCGAGGCGGUGGUAGCCGAGCAUUCGUGCAAAGCGUACCCAAAAGCGAUUUUCCGGCCCACAAUAGUGAUGGCAGCGCUCCGGCACCCUUGCCCGGGGUAUAUCGACAACUACAACGGGCCGAGCAGCGUCAUCGUGGCCGUGGCUAAAGGAUUCACGCACGUCUUCAGCUGCAGCGUCGAUAUGCGAGCCGAUCUGCUGCCCGUGGACAUCGCUAUUGACACGCUCAUCGCGGUCGCCUGGGAGACUGCUAUGGACAACUCGCCCGAUGUCCGAGUGUACAACUGCAGCACGGUGGAACAACCGACGAAGUGGAGCGAGAUGUGUGCGGCAUUAGUGGACGGUGUGCGUCGCGAGCCACUGCUCGACCUCGCCUGGUAUCCCUUCUGCAUGUUCACCGGGAACCGGUUCAUUUACGAAAUUGUGAAGUUCUUGGUGCAGACUGUUCCUUUCCAUAUAAUGGAAUACGUGAUGAGGAUCUUCAGCCAUCAAAAAUCCAGGAUCGACCUGAUCAAGUUGGACUCUCGCUUGUCCGGAGUGAACGACGUGUUCGCGUACUUUGCGACGCACGAGUGGUACUUCCAUACUGACAACGUGCGUCGGCUGCGCGCGCGCCUGUCCCGUGCUGACGCCGCGACAUUCAACCUUGACCCAAGGACUAUAGACUGGAAGGAAACCCACAGGAACUUCGUGCGAGGCUGCCGCGUCUUCUUGUGUAAGGGCAAGGAUGAGGACCUGCCCGAAGCUAGGAAGCGACUCAACAGGUUGUAUCUCAUCCACCGCGCCAUCACAAUCCUGCUCCCAAUCCUGCUGCUAUACCAGCUGCUGAAUCCGAAACUGCUGUACAACGUUGCACAGCAUCUGCUGCAAUUCACUGCGCUGGUAACAGCAGGUCUGGUUAGAGCUUCAGGAUUAGCAGCCGAAGCUUGCGCGUGGCUCAGAGACAGCUCUCAGCUGCCUUUUAGGAUAUUCUAGAAGGUGACUACACUGAACUUCUGACGCCCGUAUUCACAAACAUUACUAUGAGGUCUCACAGUGCGCGGGCCACACACGAACCAA